CAUAGUAAUUUACUUCCUCCUUGGUAGAAACUCCAGCAGAGCGACAUACCAGCCCUCUAUGUCAGAUUGCUAGUCACCUCAAGCGCCACCAUGCUAUCAUGGAAGACGGUCAUCCUAUUCUGGGUGUUAAUAUUCCUGGGAAAAAACGGUGGACACUCGCAGACAUGCAACAUGACGGCUUCUGAAGAAGAGUUUGAACUGACUCCAGCUGACGGGUGGUACAACAAUCUCCUUCAUCCAAACUGGGGAGUUGUAGAUGGCCAGCUGCUCCGGCGAAGUCCCACCGCCUACAGUGACGGCGUGUUUGAACCCUCGGGUCCCAAUCGACCCAACCCUUUCGACAUCAGCGACGCGGCACACAACGGAACAAUUGGCAGGGGCUCCAAGAGAAGAAGGAACGCCUUCAUGACAUUUUUUGGCCAACAAGUCGUAGAAGAGAUCAUGGAUUCCCAGAGACCAGGCUGCCCGAGGGAGUUCUUCAACAUCCCGAUUCCGAAGAACCACAAAUACGCUAAAGAACUUAAGGUGACGGACCCGGAGAUGCCCUUCCUGAGAUCCCGAUACGACCAGAGCACCGGCUACUCACCAAACAACCCCCGACAACAGCUGAACGAAAUCACGCCGUUCCUGGACGGGAAUCUCAUGUACGGGUUUGCCAAGGCUUGGACUGAUACACUUCGGUCGUUUGAAGGGGGAGAAUUAAUAGCCAAUGAUCCAAACGCACCCCUGACGGAAUCUAUACCAAAGAUAAACGACAUCCGACUACCGAUGGCCAACCCCCCAGCCCCGAAACUUCACAUGCUGCGUCCAGUCAGCAGGUUCUACCGCUUGGGGAAUCCCCGUGGCAAUGAGAACCCACUACUUCUGUCAUUCGGGGUGAUGUGGUUCCGCUAUCACAACUACAUCGCGAGAAGACUUAAAGCGGAACACUCCGAUUGGUCUGACGAGCAGCUGUUUAAUGCAGCUAGGAAGCGGGUAAUCGCACAGCACCAGAAAAUUGUCAUGUACGACUGGCUCCCGGUGUUUCUGGACGUACAGAAGGAUGCUAACGGCACUCUAACAAAGAUGAAGAUGGAUGAUUACGACGGUUACGACCCUCACGUCCACCCCGGCAUUUCCCAGGAGAUGCAGACGGCGGCCUUGCGGUACGGACACACCCAUGUGGUGGCGGGGGUCAGGACUAGGAACGUGGUGGCCCCAGGUCAGUGUGAGGAGAGAAUAACGGCCGUGACGACUGCUGACGGACACAAGGCCAAGGGCAUCCGAUUGUGUCAGGCGUACUGGAGGUCACAGGAAAUUCUAACAGAGGAGAACAGUCUGAACAUGGCGGAGAUAAUGCGGGGCAUGGUGUACACGUUAGCAGAGCGGGAAGACCACAUCAUGGUGCCAGACCUUCGAGGUGAUCUAUUCGGCCCUCUCGACUUUUCCCGCCGAGACCUGGCCGCCCUCAACAUACAGCGAGGCCGGGAUCAUGGCCUCCCCGGGUACAACAAGGUCCGGGAGGCUUACAACCUCCCUGCAGCCAACACCUGGGAGGAGAUCAACAACUGCACAGAUUGUAACAUAGAGGAACUCCGACCAAUCUUUCAAAAUCUUGCCGUGCUCUAUGAAUCCGCCCGGCCGGACGAGUUGGACAUAUUUACUGGCGGGCUGCUGGAGACAACGUUUGAUGGGGCCGGGCCCUUGUUUAAAGCGAUCAUGCUGGACCAGUUCAAGAGAAUCAGGAAAGCAGACAGGUUUUGGUACGAGAAUAGAGACAACUGCUUAUUCACGGAUGAAGAAUUUAACGAAAUACAAAGCACCAGCAUGCGUAAUAUCAUAAACAUAACAACCGGAAUACCGCUCGACGACCUGCCAUUGGAUUUGUUUAUAUGUGACAACAACACUGCGUCCGGAUGCAACUGUCUCGAUCCACCAGGCAUGGAUGACUUUGGAGAUACAGAUGGUACUUUUGAUGAGUGUUCCAAACUGGAGACAUUUGAUUAUUUCGAGAGCAGCCAAGUGUCCUUUGCUCUCACCUUUGUGGCUGUGGGACUCUGUAUACCAUUGACGAUCGGCGUCCUCGUGCUGAUGGCGAAGAGGAAGGAAAGGAGUAUGGCCACUGCCAAUAGACGAAAACCAGAGACAGGAGAAUCUGACCCAAAUAAGUUUUCAGCCGUGGAGUGGGUGGGGCCCAAGUCGGGGGAGAGGAACAUCAAGGUCCAUCUGAAUCGGGAGCGGAAGAAGGUGGACGUGACGGACCGGACUGGCAAGACCCUCCGGCUCAUAGACUUGCGGUACACACAGAAAGCUGUCCACGUCCGACUGUCCGAUGACAAGAACCUUGACGUCAUGUCCAUCCGGGUCCCUGGAGAAAUUGAUCUGGUGUUGAGAUUCACCAGCAUGGGCGAGCGGCAGAAGGUGCUGGGCAACGUCGAGGCCUUCUUUCAAAGCAUCAGCAUCAACCGCGAGAAACACGAGUUCAGCGAGAUCACGAUAAUGAAGGAUGCAGAGACAUACGAAGACAGAAAAGUGAUGCUGGACAAGUUCUUCAGGGUCGUAUGUCUCCAGGCCUUCAAGAAGAACGCUCGCGACAUGAACCUGGAGUCUCUGGACGCCAGGGACAUCAACGAGAUCCGCAAUGUCAAGCUGACGAGGACUGAGUUUGCAGAAGCCCUGGGCCUCCAACCCAACUCCAUGUUUGUCAGGAACAUGUUCCUCCUCGUGGACCGAUCCAGGGACGGCUUUGUGUCUUUCGAGGAAUUUAUGACAAUGUUUGUUACCCUUGCUACAGGAAAUGCCGAGGAGAAAGCCAGCAUGUUGUUCAACAUGUAUGAUCUCAAGAAAACCGGGAAGCUGUCAAGAAACCAAUUCGCAAAAAUGUUGAAGUCUAUGAUGGACCUGGCUGACGCCAGUGUGGACGACAUGAAGGUCAACCAGCUGCUGGAGACCAUGUUUGAACAGGCCGGCAUCAAGGGCAAGGACAACAUGACUUUUGAAGAUUUCAAAAAGAUAUUUGCAUCAGAAGAACAUGGAGAAAUCCUCAAGAAGGCAACACUGGGGCUUGACGUGGACGGAGGGAAGAUUGACCAGCAGGUGGCCAAGGUACAUGGAAGCAGCAUCGCAGACAGGAGGAAAACUGUCGUUGGAAACUUCAGAGCUCAUUCCAUUAACCGUAAAGCCAAGAACCGCCAAACCAACAUCCGGGUCGCCACCCUAAAGACGCAGCCUCCCAUGACACCCUUCGCACAGAAGCUGUACGUGUUCACGCGCUACGUUGAAAACUACAGACUGCAGAUAUUCUGGGUGACGCUCUUCACGCUCAUCAACAUCGGAAUCUUCAUAGAGCGAGCCCACUUCUACUCCAUCGAGCGGGAGCAUGCAGGCUUGAGGCGGCUGGCGGGGUACGGGGUGUCCGUGACGCGGGGGGCAGCGUCCACCCAGAUGUUCACCUACGCCUUCCUGCUGGUCACGAUGAGCCGCAACACCCUCACCUUCUUCAGGGAGACGUUCCUUCAUCGCUUCAUCCCAUUCGACUCCUUCCACGCCUUUCACAAAUACGUCGCCGGCAUCGCCCUCGUGUCCACUGUCAUGCACGUGGUCGGUCACGCAAUCAACCUUUACCACAUCUCGACGCAGGCUUCCAGUGACUUGAACUGCUACUUCCGGGAGUACUUCAGAGCAACCCAUAUACUGGCGUCCUUCCACUACUGGGCCUUCUCAACAAUUACUGGUUUGACUGGAGUAAUUCUUACGAUAAUCGUCAUCAUCAUGUUCGUGUUCGCCACGGAGUACGCCAGACGCCACGUCUUCAACGCCUUCUGGUUCACACACAGCUUCUACAUCCUCCUCUACAUCUUCCUUACCAUGCACGGGGCCGGGAGGCUGGUACAGGACCCAAUCUGGGGCUGGUUCUUCAUCGGGCCCGUCGUCAUCUUCAUCAUUGACAAGCUUGUCAGUCUCAGUAGAAACAGAGUGGAGAUACCCGUCACCAAGGCCGAGAUACUGCCAUCAGGUGUGACCAAUCUAGUUUUUAAACGUCCCCUGAACUUUGACUACAAAUCUGGGCAGUGGGUCCGUAUCGCGUGUCUGGAUCUUGGAAAGAGCGAGUACCAUCCAUUCACUCUGACGUCAGCUCCUCACGAGGAGACGCUGUCAUUGCACAUCCGGGCAGUUGGACCAUGGACAACCAACAUCAGGAGGGUAUACGACCCGAACAACUCAUCCACCGUCCCCAAGCUAUUGGUGGACGGUCCUUUCGGCGAGGGCCACCAGGACUGGUACCGCUUCCCUGUUGCGGUUUUGGUGGGAGGGGGUAUUGGGGUUACGCCCUUCGCUUCCAUCUUGAAAGACCUUGUCAGCAAGAGCAGAAUGAAGGUCAAAUUCCCAUGCCAGAAGGUGUACUUCUUGUGGGUGACGAGAACGCAGAAGAGUUUUGAGUGGAUGACAGACAUCAUUCGGCAGGUAGAGGGCGCUGACACUAACGACCUGGUUGCAGUCCACAUCUUCAUCACGCAGUUCCAGCAAAAGUUCGAUCUCAGGACCACCAUGUUGUACAUCUGUGAGCGUCACUUCCAGAGGAUCGCUGGCCAGAGUCUGUUCACAGGGCUCAGAGCAACAACUCACUUCGGCAGACCCAAGUUUGAGGACUUCCUCGCGUCUCUGGCUCACGAACAUGAAACAGCUCAGAGCAUCGGCGUGUUCAGCUGUGGACCCCCGCCGAUGACGUUGAACGUGGAGUCCGCGUGCAGCAGCCUCAACAAGCUAGACGGGCCAACCUACACUCACCAUUACGAAAACUUCUAAACAGCCAACAUAGGAUAAUGUGUUUGUUCUCGGUCAAACCUGGGAAGUGUUUUCACAACUAUGCAACAACAAAAUACCAUGUCAUCACAACGUGCUCUACUUAUAUAUAAUGUGUAAAAAAUCAGGGAUUUGUAAUGCUAUAAAUCCUCUAAAUGCUAUAAAGUAGUAUUUGUGUAUUGAUAACAGUCCGACAAAACAUGACGCGUACCUCCACUGUACCGUCUGUUGUUGUUGAUGUUGUUGUUGUUGUUGUUGUAACAUGAAUUGCUCAAGUCGCGAUUAACGUUGAUAAUACGGCUGAUAAUGAAGGUUGGACGUGACCAUCUUCCAUCAAAGUUAAAUGUUUGUUGUUGAUUUCUUUUAUGUUUAGUUACAGUACUAUUUGCAACCCUUGUCAUCGUCUUCCAUGUAAUCACGGGAAGCUCGCUAUGUCCUGCUGCUUCUGGUAACACCGUACUUCCGGCGUAGCCAGGCCUGGAAUCACUGACACACAAUGUAUCCAUUGUCAGUGGUCCCUGUCAUGGCUUAAAUCUUACCCGGAUGACCUCACUCACUCACUCACUCACUCAGUGUAAGUUACUGUAGCCGUCAGUUUUACGAGUGUCACAUCUGCACCAUCGAUUCCAACACAUAAGUCUGAGAUGUACAUUACUCUCCGCGUGCUCCUUGCAUGCAAGGCUUCUAUCCACGUGCGUCAAUUACCAAUGUUCCUGCCGCCGGAGUCUUACCCGACUGUCGCCUGAGUCUUACCCGACUGUCCCCGGAGUCUUACCCGACUGUCGCCUGAGUCUUACCCGACUGUCCCCGGAGUCUUACCCGACUGUCGCCUGAGUCUUACCCGACUGUCCCCGGAGUCUUACCCGACUGUCGCCUGAGUCUUACCCGACUGUCCCCGGAGUCUUACCCGACUGUCGCCGGAGUCUUACCAGACUGUCCCCGGAGUCUUACCCGACUGUCGCCGGAGUAUUACCAGACCGGUAGUACUGGUAAAACUGGUAAACUGACAACUGUUUACCUAUUUGACAUAGAGUUAGUUCAAAUGUCUCAAUAGCCAGGGAUACGACUAAAUGUGUUAUGACAGCACCUCAUGUACAAAUAUACCAACCUUUCUUCCAAACUAGUCCCAGACUCGAUCUAAUUGGCAGCCCGCUUGUUUCACUACCCUGUAUCUUCUAAUUCAAUACAUGCACCGUGUAAUGAUUAUGCUCAUAAAAAGACAACAGGCCCCUUUCAAAACAGAAAUGUGUUCCGAUCACAUAUAUUCCAUUUGAUAGACCGCGUUGAAAGCGCAGUUAGCAUACAUGGCGCUUGUUUAUGGUAUUAUAGAUAAAAUGCAACUGGAAUUUCAAGAAUGCUGACGUGUACAUAUUUAACGUGACGUAGUGUCCCGACCACGUUGUGUGGUAAUAAAUUGUGUUUAUGUGGAUGUCCAUGUGUAGCCACGUGCACAGCUACGACCGUCAUGCAGGGCACGUGUAGUUUAACCGCGUAUAGAACGAGGCCAGAUCGAUACCUUUUGCAGCGAAAAUUGUAAUAACACUUUACUCCGAAACAAUUUCAGCUCGAGGGGAGUUCGUAACACAUUGCCGUUCCUUGUGAGUAACUCACUGAGAUGUUAUCCCUCUGGAUGAGCCAACGAACGACUUGAAAACACUUCAUUUUAAAGAGGGGGCACGGGUGGCCCAGUCGUCUAAGGCGCCGCGAUUCGCUAUGCAGAGUUGCGGCCCUUGGGCACGCCAGAAACCUAUGAUUGUGGGUUCGAAUCCCGGUUCCCCCCAAUUAUGUUUCUAGGUUUGUCAGCACCAUACCCGUGCUCGUGGGUUUCACCGAAGUGGUAAACGUCUGAGACCUGCAUCACUUCGGGCUUUCCUCCCACUUUAAGCUGACACGCCGUGAUAUGACUUGAAUACUGUUAGAAGCGGCGUUAAACCCAACUCACUCACCCAUUCAUUUUAAAGAAAUCCAGAUAUCCUAUUACACCUCUGUACUGUCGCACAUGUAUUCCUUCUACUCCUGUAUGCGUCCACUGUAGCCAAAUAUGAUUUGCUUCUCUUGAUUCUAAUAACGUUACUUUUCAGGUAUUGCUUUUCUGCGUCAGUUAUCUGUUUAAGACAAUGAAUACAACAAGAGAAUAACAGUUAUUUUCCUAAACGAUACUUUUGUCUUUAUUGAAAUAAAUCGUUUUUAGAUUUUAA